UCUUUAUCUUUUAGUAUCUUUUAUCUUUCGCUCUAUAUACAGGCAUGCAUGCAUAGAGCUUAAGAGAUAGUACAAAACAAAUUAAUUAGAUUAUUAGAAGGAUGGAAAAUCCGAUGAAGACUAAGAGCUUCGAAGAGAGUGAAGAGGUAGAGCUAAGAAGAGGGCCUUGGACUUUGGAGGAAGACACUCUUCUCACAAAUUACAUCCUCCAAAACGGUGAAGGCCGAUGGAAUCUCGUCGCCAAAUGUGCUGGGCUAAAGAGAAACGGAAAAAGUUGUAGACUGAGAUGGUUGAAUUACUUGAAACCCGAUACCAGACGAGGGAAUCUAACUCCCCAAGAACAGCUUUUGAUUCUUGAGCUGCACUCUAAAUGGGGUAAUAGGUGGUCCAAGAUUGCACAGUACUUACCAGGAAGAACGGACAACGAGAUCAAGAACUAUUGGAGAACGAGAGUUCAGAAGCAAGCUCGACAGCUCAACAUCGAAUCUAAUAGCGACAAGUUCUUUGACGCUGUUCGUAGUUUCUGGGCCCCAAGAUUGAUCGAGAAGAUGGAGCAAAACUCAUCCACUAAUUGCUGUCCCCAAAACAACAACAACAACAACAAUAACUCUCUUCUUCCUCCUCAAUCAUACGACUCCAUGAGUACACAAACAUAUACAGAUACCUCGGGUCAGAACCCGGGUUUGAGCAACAUGGAUGGUUCUAGUUCGAGUUCCACUUUCAUGCCUGACCUCAUGACAGGUCCACACUUUAUAGAUCCCAACACCAUCAUUGAUGGUUCUAUGUGUUACCAGGAAGGCAAUUAUCAAGAACUCGGCGGAUAUAUUCCUCGGAUGGAAGAAUAUUUUUACAUGGGAAAUUCAGACAUAGGAACGGAAUACCACGUGGCAGAAGCGUACGAGGAUGUCACACAAGAUCCCAUGUGGAACAUGGAUAACAUUUGGCAGUUUAGGGAGUAAUUAAGUCAAUCAAGAGAUAAGAGUAUGCUUAAUUAGGGUGGAGGGGACCCACGCUAAUUAAGUUCAUGAUCCAAAGUUAGGUGGCUAAAUCAUAUAUACAAUGAGGCACUUUAGCCUCUCCUAAGAGUUUUAUUCUAUGCUUUUAGUUUGCAUAUAUAUAUAUAUAUAUAUAUAUUUAUAAUGAUAGUUUGUAUAGGUCUUUGAAUUCAUGAUUUUGUAUUUCAUAUGUUUCUUUAUGUAAUUUUA